AUGCAGUUCAUUCGAGCGGCAUCUGACCAGUCCAAGUUAGCGGCUAUGAAGCGGAGGAGAGAUGAGGAAUCACGUACGGCUAUGCUCAGAUGUCUAUUCAUCGCCAUUGGUAUUGUCUUUGCGGUGUCUAUGUUCCUUGGAACCUUUCUACCAUUAAAAGAUGGCUUUAUAUCAACACCGGUCUUGGCUGUGGUAUCAGUCGCACUGUGGGGAUGUGAUCUGCCGGCGGAUACCGGUACGUGCACUGAGGAUAUCGGACAUGACAGGUUUAUAUCAAUCAAGAGGCAGAAUGAUGAUCCUGAUCACGGGCCGUUUGAGCUGGACUCCUUCUCAUGUGGCCAGGGGAAAGCGUUCACUCGGGCGUAUCUCUCCCGUUCACAAGACCUGAUCCAGUUGUUCACGCCACCGGAAGCUGCGAACAUGGUCAACUGCAAGGAUAUAUUGGAUGCCGCUCUAGCGCACGCUGAGGAUGUCCGUCGUAGGAAACAGAAGAAGUUCUGGUUUGAUGGUUCUAAGAAGGCUACGUGGGAAGGGGUAUUGGACACACUGUGUAUAACAGCUGAAGGCACUGAUGACACUGCUGGUGUUGUUACCAUCCCUCCGUCUACUCCAACGCCUAUGGGGGGACCUGUUUUGAAUCCUGGCGUAAUGCCUUAUUCGAGUACGGAGGAGUUGACGAGAAAGACGGAUGCGAUUGGGAAUGGGAAGAGGCAGCAGAGAUCCCUCCGUACGCACAUUGUUGAGGACAACAGCGGCAGCAUCAGCUCGGCUCUUAGUGUUGAAGCUUUCAAUUUGAAAGCGGCGUAG